AAGAACACUCUUUAAUACAGCUCCCAAACUUAAAAAAUCAAAAGCUGGAAUAGGCGAUUGCUUGUUCAGUGUUUUAGCUAUACAAAAAUCUGCUUCUCUAAUUUUAUUUUAUUUUUAUUUAUUAUUAUUUAAUUUUUCUGUUUUCUCAAAUAUAUAUAUUUUUUAAAAACUAUUUACGUCAGUUUUUUCUUUCUUGUAAAAUUAAAGACUACUCCUUUUUCUAAAUAAAUAGUAAUGUACAGAAAAGACCUGUAAAUUCAAGCUGUGCAUGACCUGAUUUUGGGUAGUAACAGUUCAACGAAAGAUUGUGGAGUUUCUUUGGAUCCAAACGUGGUACACACAAGCUGACAGGGACCAAAUUGGGGCAACAAAAUCACAUUUGAAGAGCAAAUAUUGUGUGGGGGAUUCACUGCUAGACAAACAUUAGCAAUUAGAAGGUGGCUGCGAUCAAGAGAGUUGGCAAUUUGUUUUAAAUUGGUACCAAUGGAGUGAAUUUGUGUUCCAAACCAGAUGGGUCCCACGGACCGACAGCCAAUGAUCUGUGAUGAAGAAUGUAUCAACUCCCAUUGCCUAUUUUCUGUUUGAUGAAAUGUCUAGCUGAAAUGCUCCUCAGCCUCAGAAGCUUCUUCAAACUGCAUGAGCUUUGCUUUUGCCGCGGAGCUUUCAAAACCCAGAAGUUUCUUGACCUAAUUAAGGAAACAACAGCUAUCAAAUUGGAGAGCUAGGCAUGGCACCAGUGAGAAAUUUAUUUUUGAAAGACUAGUGAGAGGAAAAGAUCGAACCCAGCUUGAAGCCACUGGAUUUGCUUGCAAUUCUGCUCCUCACUCAGAAGUUUGUGUCUCAAACAAACCAGUGAGGAUUGACACCCAAACUAUGACAGUUCAUGUGCCAUCAGAUCGGCCUAUGCCACAAAGUCAACGCAAUGUUCAGCCAUACGCAAGAAAAGAAGACGAGACUGCCAUGAAGACCAUCACACCAGUUCAGAUACUUGAAGGAAGCAUCACAUCACCAGCUUGUAAUUAUACCCAUGUUGUCCCAGCUGUGAUCUUCUCAACCAGUGGCUUCAUGGGAAACCUAUUCCAUGAAUUCAAUGAAAUCAUCAUUCCAUUGUUCCUCACAACCCACCACUUCCAAUCCCAUGUACAAUUUAUCAUUGUUGAUUACGAUCCUUGGUUUGUUACUAAAUAUAACCGGAUUUUAACCCACUUGUCUCCUUAUGAGUUUAUAAAUUCGGCUUCAAAUGGUAGUGUGCAUUGUUUUCCAGGAAUAGUUGUUGGGCUUGAGUACCAUGACAAUCUAGCCAUAAAUUAUAGUGACAUCCCAGGAGGGUACUCAAUGCUUGACUUCAAACAGUUUCUUAAAGAAGCAUAUAAUCUUAAAGUAAAGACACUGUCAAAGAUAGAGCAACCGGUGUUGAUGCUUAUAUCUCGUAAUGGAUCAAGAAUGUUUCUGAAUGAAGAUGAGAUGGUGGGUAUGAUGGAAGAGCUAGGGUUUCGCGUAGUCGUGGUGACCCCAAACAGGAUGGCAAAUUUAGACAAGUUUGCCAGUGUUGUGAACUCCUGCAGUGUGAUGGUUGGUGCACAUGGUGCUGGCCUUGCAAAUGAACUGUUCUUACCUACCGGGGCGGUGAUGGUGCAAGUGGUGCCGUGGGGGCUAGAGUGGGCCUCAAAUGCCUACUUUGGCGAACCAGCUCAAGACAUGGGUGUGCAGUACUUGGAGUAUAAGAUUGAACCGGAGGAGAGCACGCUUAUCGAUAGGUAUGGCCGAGAUCACCAAGUCUUUGUGGAUCCAGGUGCUAUAUUUGCAAUGGGCUACUAUACAGCCAGGGCUAUAUAUGUUGAUGGGCAGAAUAUGAAGAUCAAUCUUGUGAGGUUUAGAAAGACUCUUGUUGAAGCACUUGGAUUUCUUGGACACUCAUCUCCUACAAAUUGAAGAAUUUGUUCAGAAGAUUAAAAGGGCUAGUCUAGUGCACGAGGUUACUAGUCUAAUGCACGAGGUUACUAUUAUUGCGGAAUUUAGGGAUGGUGAAAUUUACGCAGUCUUAUCCAAAAAGCUUUUUUGUAAGAUUAAUUGUUUUGAUUUGUCAUCCUGUGAAAUAAUAGCAAAGAUUAGUCAUGCAGAGUAAUAUUGUUUUAGAAAGCAAUAAGAUCACUUAGAAGGUACGUUAUUUGAAAAUAUUAAUGUGUUUUAUUGGUGCAA